CAUCUCACGGCUGCUUGCCUUCCUCCCAGCACAUUCCUGCACUCUGCCCGUGUCCACACUGCCCUGCAGAUCUGGAACCCCAGCCCACCACGGCCUCCAUGUAAGCCCCUCAGGCUAGGUCUUGCCACCGUGCAGGCAGGUGGCCCCGGGCUGGGAGCGAAGGGCUCCCUUACAGGGCACACAGCCCUGAGAUCUCAGGGGGCCACCCCUCGAGGGUGGCCAGGCCCCCAGCGGCCCACCCGAGUAUCACCUCUGCCCCCAGCCCUUCUGGCCCCUGGUCCCACUGCCCCCCCAGAUGCCUGGCUGAGACCCAGCGGUGGCCCGCGCUGCCCACGCCUUCUCCUGGCCCCCAAGGUUGGCUCCACGGUGGACGGCUCCCUGGGCACCAGGCAGACAACGGACACAGCCACCAGCCCAAGCAACAGCGGCAUGGGCAGCGCCAGCCCGGGCCUGAGCAGCGUGGCCCCCGGCCGCCUCCUGCUGCCCCCCGACGCUGUGUUGCGCACAGGCGUGGAAAAGGCGGCCGCGGGGGCGGUGGGGCCCGAGAGACGGGACUGGAGCCCCAGCCCGCCUGCCACGCCUGACCAGGGCCUGUCUGCCUUCUACCUCUCCUACUUUGACAUGCUGUACCCUGAGGAUGGCAACUGGGCCACCAAGGGCCCCGGGGCCAGCUCUCGGGAGGAGCCACCUGAGGAGCCCGAGCAGUGCCCUGUCAUCGACAGCCAAGCCCCCGGGGGCAGCCUGGACUUGGCACCGGGGAGUCUGACCCUGGAGGAGCACUCGCUGGAGCAGGUGCAGUCCAUGGUGGUGGGCGAGGUGCUUAAGGACAUUGAGACAGCCUGUAAGCUGCUCAACAUCACUGCAGACCCCGUGGACUGGAGCCCUGGCAACGUGCAGAAGUGGCUCCUGUGGACAGAGCACCAGUACCGGCUGCCCCCCGUGGGCAAGGCCUUCCAGGAGCUGGGGGGCAAGGAGCUGUGCGCCAUGUCGGAGGAGCAGUUCCGCCAGCGCUCACCUCUGGGUGGGGACGUGCUGCACGCCCACCUGGACAUCUGGAAAUCAGCGGCCUGGAUGAAAGAGAGGACUUCUCCUGGGGCGAUCCACUACUGCGCUUCCACCAGCGAGGACAGCUGGACCGACAGCGAGGUGGACUCCUCCUGCUCCGGGCAGCCCAUCCACCUGUGGCAGUUCCUCAAGGAGCUGCUGCUCAAGCCCCACAGCUACGGCCGCUUCAUCCGGUGGCUCAACAAGGAGAAGGGCAUCUUCAAAAUUGAGGACUCCGCUCAGGUGGCCCGGCUGUGGGGCAUCCGCAAGAACCGGCCGGCCAUGAACUACGACAAGCUGAGCCGUUCUAUCCGCCAGUAUUACAAGAAGGGCAUCAUCCGGAAGCCAGACAUCUCCCAACGCCUCGUCUACCAGUUCGUGCACCCCAUCUGAGGGCUGCAGGCCAGGCCCUAGGCCUGAAACUCGCCCUCGCCAGACCUCCCUCCUGCCCACCCCUGCCUCUGCCGGACCCUGAGCUGAGGGAGACUGCAAUCUCCUGGCGUCGGAGUCUAAGGUCCUGGAGGGGACGGCCCUCUGCUUCCAGGGGCGUAAAUGAGCUCUCCGGGGCCCGGGGGACCCCGGGGUGGGAGUGCUUCCUCCUCGGGCCUGACUGCUCACAUGCCCAGUUCCCUGGAAGAUGGAAGGAGACAGGGCUGUCCUCAGUGUUCACAGCUCCCAGGGGAAGGCCAUCCCUCCACCCCAGCCUCUGACCCCAGAAUUUCCAGAGCAGAGCCGACAGAAUGACAGUGACUUAGCCAAGGCCACUAGCAGUCCAGUGCUCCCUGCUGCCCCAUCCUGCACCAUGCUUGGCGUGGUGCUAGGAGACGUCUGUGCCCCCGAGUCGGGAAGCCUGGGGUGCUCCUGGGAACGGAUAAUAAAGAUACUAGAGAACUA